UUUUGGCAUGGUUAACACAGGAGAGGACGGGACUGCACAAACGGAGAGAGAGAAAGAGAGAGAGAGAGAGAGAGAGAGAGAUAAGGCAGAGAUAAUGGCUUCCAUAUCAGUGGUUUCGUGUUCACCAUGGCUAUCCUCUAAAGCCGCAGGGCUUGGUACUACUUCCUCAGCUUCUCUCACUUUCCUUACCGGUUCAACAAACAGAACCUUAGUCUCGCUCAAAGUUGCUAAUAACCUCAACAUCCGUUCCGGCCUUCUUCAAUGUUCCUUCUUUGCAUCUUCUCCUUUGACUUCCUCUCUUGGUUUCCGUUCUUCAGUUUCAGGUUUGUCAUUGGGUUUGGAUCUAAAUUCUAACAUUGGGGUUGGGAGAGGAAACCGCCGCAGCUUAGUGGUGAGGGCUGGGAAGCCUGCUCUUUGUCUAACCAAGAGAAACAGGUCACGGAAGUCAUUGGCUCGUACUCAUGGAUUCCGCCGACGAAUGAGAACCACCAGUGGUAGAGCGGUUUUGAAGCGUAGACGUGCCAAGGGACGGAAGGUUUUAUGCACAAAAUCAAAUCCCAGUAGUGGAAAACUUGCCUAACUCUCUGAAUCACUUUUAGUAGGAAAUUUAUGAGAAAGUUAUGAUGUCCUGUUGUUGGUUGAUAUGAAUCUUCAUCAAAUUUCAAUCUAAUGUCUCGUGAUACCUUUUUUGUAUUUUUUUCAUUUGAAAGCGCAAUGUUGAUUUAAUUUCUUCAUCUAAGUUGCUCUGGUACAAUAUCUGUAUUUUAACACGAAAGUGCAAUGUCUUCAAAUGAAUCUGGAUGGGGUAUUAUUUACUUUUUAA